AUGGACCGCGCUCGUCGAGCGGCAGCAACCACACGUCGCAAAACCCUCGGCGGCUCUGCCUCUCCCCAGUCCACCCCUCCCGAGAGUGCGUCUGAUCAUCCUUCGGCGAGUCCUGUCAUGCCGCAUGCCUCGGCGGCAAACAGCCCUCAGCCCGCGGCUCAGAGCAGGCGCGGGAGCAAAAGUCUUCACCACAAUACCUUCACUUUCACAACCCCAGCCUCGGGCAAUCGGGGCCAGGCCGUCAAGCGCCGAUUCAGAACCACGGAUGGCCCUGGCGUCCACGACGAUGACUUUGAUGAGGACAGUCCUCGGAAGGGUGGCCACACGCUUCGCAAGCGGGCUCGUGUGGAUUACACGUUUGAGCACGUAGACGACGAGGUCGUCCUGCCCAGCUCCACGUCCUCAGCCCGCACCAAGAAGCGGAGAUCAGAUCACAGUCACGAGUCUGAAGAGUGUCAUCCCUCCGGUGCCAAGAGACGCGGCGCCUCGCUCGGCGCUGACGCAUCCAGCAACGUGCGAAGAAAUCCUUCUCGCAGCUCAGCCCUCGGAAGGGCCGAUCACGGUGAUGACGAGGACGUCAAGGAUACCAUUGAAGUUGGUGUCUCUUUGUCCGAGGUGGACGAGUCAGAAGUCCGCCGUGGCAGUCACUCAAGUGCUUCAUCCGCCGCCCAGUCUUUGGACGGCUCCUGGAACUCGGCGCCCGCCGUAUCUAAUCUUGGCAGCUUGUAUUCGAACGACAAGGGUGCCAACGAUGAUGGGCGUCCAAAUGUUGGAAGCCAGGACGUGGACAUUGAUCCCAACCUUCGACCAAGCCCUCCCCCUUCGUCUGCGCAACCUGCUGCAAUCACGACUGAACCCGUCGAGGCUCAAUCUGAAAGCACAGACGCCCCAAAGGUCAAUGAGUCUGCCAGCGUCUCUCCCGGCACAGCCGAAGAAAAGUCUGACCUCUCCAACACUAAUAACGCUGCUGGCAUCCCCAAUGCAGCAACGCCUCCAGUUGCCGCACAAGAUGAACCACCCGUUGCCAAGGCGGACAAAGUGACAGAAUCGGAAUCGUUAAUAGAGAAACAAUCCGAAGACCAUGGGGCGCCUUCUUCUGAUGUUCCUGUCUCCAAUGAGAUGAAGGAGCGCACGUCGGAAAACGGCAAUCUCGUCUGCUCCAAACCUCCCGACGAGGCCAGGGUCGAACAAUUUGUCGGGGAGCCAGCAGAAACUGAGCCAUCAUCGCUGAAAUCACAGGGCGCCGCAGAGCCUACGGGUAUCUCUCCUCACAAGAGGACUCCAUCAGUGGCUGCUGAUGAUGAAGUAAUCUCAGAAGAGUCAACCGCUAUGGAUGUAAUUGAAGAGGCAGCCGCCAAUCGCAGCCCGCCUGCUGAACCGCCUUCGGUAGUGCCAUCUAUAUCGGUGGAGGAGGUUGUGGAACCCCAAAUAGAGGACCUCAAGGAUCAAGAAGCUCCGCAACAGGAACGCAAGGUAUCACCAGAAUCGGUUGCGGCUGAAGUCAAGGACCAGAUUGUUGAAGACGCAGAUACUCCAAGUCCCGAGAAAAGAGACGUCUUCAAACCCAAGAAACCAUCGCAACUGGGACCAAGCAAGCCCCAACCAGCUCCUGUUGGCCGUUGGGCUUACUUGACACCAUACGUGGACGGUGAAUAUGUCUCAUAUCCUGAAAAGAAGGCUCGUUCAGACGAUGAAGCCGGCGGAGAUGAGACCCCUCCCGAGGACAAGGACGGCGAUAAAGAUGGCAAUGACAUGGAGCCCAUGGUAGAGGACAACGAUGACGCGCCAGACCCCUCGGGGAUGGAAGCCCCGACACCCGCCGUAAACACACCGACACGUGGCUCUCCGGUUCCAGACUCAACGGAUCCUACCGCUGCCAACUCUCCCGCCCCAGCUGGCGAUGAUGCAGACGACGGCGACGAGUCUGAUUCGCAAGAGGUUCCUGAGCGGAAACGAUACUACAGAUUUCGCAAGACUCGGGACCCUGAAGAGUACAUAUCAGCCAUCGAAAACUACGAAGAAAUGAGCACUGCCGAGCUGUACGAGUUGCUCGAGGCCCUCAAUAUAUCGCUUGUGCAGUGGCAAAACGAAUGGCUCGAUCUUGGAAAGCUUGUAGACGACCACGAAAAUUCACAACGCCGACGUCUAGCCGACGCCAAAUACGAAUCUAGGACGCGAAACCCAGCUCAGCAUGGCAUCAACCACGAAGAGCCAGACUUUGUUGUCAAGGGCUACAAGGCAAAGGAACGGGAAGUAAUGAGCGAGACUCGCUAUCUUCAAGGACAGGACCGCAUCAUGGCUGCCACUUAUGGCUUCGAAUACGAUCCCCACCCGUCCAAGAUUGGCCGCCAGAAUCCAGAGACGCAGCAAAUUGGCAUCAUGACCAGAGGGCGCUCGCUGCGUAACCAGCCAAGGCAAACAGUCAAGGCAUCGGAAGCUGACGAGGUUACCGGCAAGAGACAACGCAAACCCGUUCAGCUCUUUGACCCAGCGACUCAGGAUGUUAGCCGGAGCUCAACGCCCGUUCCUACGCGAGGCAGGAGGCGCCGAAACGUGGGCAACGCAGACGAAGGGCCCCAGGCUGCCUUGACAUCAAGCUUCAAUGGAGACGGACACUCGGACGCGGAGAACGAAGCUCCAAAGACUAGAAGACGACGCGGUCCGCGUGCCAGCAAUGUGGUGGCCAGCGCUGCUGAGGAACUUUCCACGCCACGUAGCUCGGACAACCUGGCGCAAGAAGAGACUGGCAGGUCAGGUCGGCGCCGAGGCAGACAACCAAUACGAUACGACGAAACGUAUGCCGAGUUCAUGGACGACGACUCUCAGCCUGAGCCGAAACAACGGAAGCGCCAUAUGCUGACGCUGAAAAUCCCCCGAUCCAAGAAUUUCAGCGAGCCGUCCUCGGCCAUCACCGACAACGGCGAUUCGAGGCCGUCAACCGCAUCGUCGGAGUCGUCAUCUCAUACAGCCGAGUCGUCGUAUUCCUUCCGACCCAAGCGUCAGAAACGGUUCCGUGACGAUGCUGAUGAAGCAGGCGAAGCAAGCCAGGCACCACCACGCAAGCGAGGGAAGCGGAGUGUGCCGCAGCCUGUUGGGGGCAAUGAGUCGUCCCUUGCUCCUGAGCAUCCUGUGCAAGAUGCCCUACCAAGCACUGGCGUCCGCAAGGUUGCAAAGAUCAAGGUUGUGCGACCUUCUGGCGACGCCCGCAACGGCACCCCGUCCUCACACUCACAGCCUGGCGACGACAAGCCAAAGGACUACAAGAACAUGACCAAGUCUGAGAAGAUGUCGGCGUCCAUGAAGAGUCGUUGGGCAAAUGGAAACAUGGCCGGUGCCGUGGAGAAGCGAAAGGCGACCCUUGCUGCCAAGAAGGCAGCUCAAGUGGCUGCUGAACAGAAACUCGGCGUCAUCGCACCCAAACCAAAGGUCAAGCCCAGCAAAAAGGAUCAGCCUUCUCCGGGGCAGCCACACGCAGGCUACGCGCCAACGAUGCCGGGAAUCAACUACCCGUUCCCCUCGAAUCAGUGA